AUGCGGAGCAAUUGCUCGCUUGGUGGCAUAGGAAUGAUGUGCUCGCUGAGUGAACAAGGCAAGCAGCUGGCAAUCCAGGUGUCCAACAUCUUGGGGAUGGAUGGAUGUGGCAUCGACCUCCUCAUGAAGGAUGAUUGCUCGUUCUACGUCUGCGAGGCCAAUGCAAAUGUAGGUUUCAUUGCCUUUGACAAGGCUUGUAAUCUAGAUGUAGCUGGUAUCAUAGCGGACUAUGCCGCUUCCCUUCUUCCCCCCGGUCGCUUGACACGACGCAUGUCCUUGCUCUCUGUGGUGUCCACGGCUAGCGAGACUAGCGAGCCAGAGCUGGGCCCUCCAGCUAGCGCCACUGUCGACAAUAUGAGCGCCAGCUCCAGCUCUGUCGACAGCGACCCUGAAACCACAGAGAGAGAGUUGCUCACCAAGCUCCCGGGUUCAUGA